GCAUCCAGCUGACAGCUGGACAUGCCAGUCCCCUCCAGCCCUUCCCCAGAGGGUCAGGUGACCCUUCCCUCCCCAGAAGGAAUACCUCGAGCACCAGGGCUCUGGCGGACAGUGAAUGCUCUACGCUGGGACUGGCCCUUGCUGAUGCCUGUACAUGGUGGGCACUGAGAGACAAGAUUCCUGGGCCCUGCCUUACACACUCCUCACCACCUUGGAGGAGGCUCUGAGGCCCCCGCUGAGAACCCACAGACAGGACAGCUGUGCCAUGACAGCGAUAAAGGCCAAGAAGGAGAAAGUUGAGGACCGCUGACAGCCCCGAGUGCUGUCAGGAGCUGCCCCCUCUACUUCACACCUUCCUCUAGCAGACUGUGCAGUGACCCCCGCCCCGCCACCGUGCGCCACCAUGGUUGUGCAAAACAGCGCAGACGCCGGGGACAUGAGGGUGGGCGUGCAGCUGGAGCCCUUCCUGCACCAGGUCGGGGGGCACCUGAGCGUGAUGAAGUAUGACGAGCACACGGUGUGCAAGCCCCUCAUCUCCCGGGAGCAGAGCUUCUAUGAGUCCCUGCCGCUGGCCAUGAAGCAGUUCACCCCACAGUACAAAGGCACCGUCACUGUGCACCUCUGGAAAGACAGCACGGGCCAUCUCAGCUUGGUCGCCAACCCACUGAAGGAGAACCGGGAGUCCUUCAAGGUCUCCACAGAGCCGGCGGCGGUGGCCAUCUGGCAGACUCUCCAGCAGACCACCAGCAGCAGUGGCAGCGCCUGCGCCCUUGCCCAGUGGCCACAUGCCCAGCUGGCACGCUCACUCAAGGAGAGCCCGGCCAAGUCUCUCCUGAGGUCCGAGCCCCAGCUCAACACUCCAGACUUCUUGCUGGUGGAAGACACUAACAGGAACCAGGUGGAGAAGAGCUUCAACCCAUGGGGCCUGCACUGCCACCAGGCCCACCUGACUCGCCUGUGCUCUGAGUACCCGGAGAACAAACGGCAUCGGUUCUUGUUGCUGGAAAAUGUAGUGUCACAGUACACACACCCCUGCGUCCUGGAUCUGAAGAUGGGGACCCGGCAGCACGGUGACGACGCGUCCGAGGAGAAGAAGGCCCGCCACAUGCAGAAGUGUGCGCAGAGCACCUCAGCCUGCCUCGGUGUGCGCGUGUGCGGCAUGCAGGUUUAUCAAACCAGUAAGAAGCACUUUCUCUGCAAAGACAAGUACUAUGGAAGAAAACUCUCAGUGGAGGGGUUCAGACAAGCCCUCUGUCAGUUCCUGCAUAAUGGAACCCACCUCCGGAGGGAGCUCCUGGAGCCCAUCCUGCGCCAGCUCCGGGCCCUCCUCUCGGUCAUUAGGAGCCAGAGUUCAUACCGCUUCUACUCCAGCUCUCUCCUCAUCAUCUAUGAUGGACAGGAAGUACCAGAAAGAGCCCCAGGCAGCCCGCACCCUCGGGGGGCUCCCCAGGCGGCCCACGGCAGCUCUCCCGAUGGCCUCACCAAGGUUGACGUCCGCAUGAUUGACUUUGCUCACACGACAUACAAGGGCUCCUGGAACGACCACACCACCUACGAUGGACCAGACCCGGGCUAUAUUUUUGGCCUGGAAAACCUCAUCAGGAUCCUGCAGGAUAUCCAAGAGGGAGAAUGAAACUUCCUGGGCUUCUCUGGAUUUUUCUGGGCUGUAGAUCUCCAGAAGGGACCUCUUGGUUGCUAGGGUAGUCCAGACACCCCUUCGAUGUUUUCAUAAUAGUCCUAUCUACCUUCAAAGCCAUGUGUAUAUAUGGCAGGCUAUAUUAACAGCUGCUGAACAAAUCAGCUCUGGAGGUGAUUGCACAUCCCCCAGGCACCGUGCUCCAAUGCUGCUCACUGGAGGGGGCAGCCCGAGUUAGAGGCCAGCAUUGUUGUGACAUUCUGGAGUAUUUGCAUCUAAAAAUGUUUACUUGUUCUCAUGCUGCAAUCGGUGCAGGCUGUGAGACAGAAGGCGUGACUUGAAGAAGCCUUGAAGAGUGCGUUCAGGAGUUCAUGGUUUUUCUCCUUAUAUGGACUGCCCACUCCAAGGGCAGGCAGAGCUCAUGAAAGCCUCUUAUCUUCGUAAGCAGAGUUUUAGGUGAGACAGGAUGAAGCAGAACAGAUCUGCCCAUCUCACCUGCUCUGCACCCAGCUUCUAAGUGGACAAGGCCAAGCCCAGGCACAAGCUCUGGCAAAGCGAGGCCCCCGAUUCUCCGUUUCUGCCAGUGGAGAGGAGGGUCCCUUUACAGACUUUUUUUUUUCCCCAAAAAUCUCCUAAAAUGAGGAAUCUCUUAACAGACUUUGGAGUUCCCAUUGGAAGUGAUGACUCCGUCACAUUCUGACCAUGAGACGCAGCUUGCAGUGGGGGUAGAAUGCACAUAAGGAGGGACCACUGAUGUCCAGCUCUGCUCGCUGCUUUCUAUUUAUUUAUUUUGGGGGUGAGCUGGGGAGUCAGAAGAACCUGGAGGACUGAGGAAACCAGGGGCAACGUUUACAAGACUGGUGGACAAGUGUAAAUACGGAAUAAGAACAAACAGUUCUAAUUAAUUCCUUCUUCUGCAGUAUGGAAACCUAUUACAAUGCCCUUGAGUCAAGCACUGAGAUACGUUAUCCAAUUAGGGAAAUAAAUUUGUUAAUAAAAUUGCUGAGGUCACCAGUGAUUACUGGCGCGCCUUA